AUGGAAUUCCUCUCAAGGUAUUCUCAAAAACCAGACUCUGAAAGACCUAAAAUCCAAACCCUAGAUCGAAUCACUGUCUUACCAGACACAAUUCUCCUUCACAUUUUCUCUUUCCUACCCAUGGAAGAUGUUGUCAAAACCUGUAUACUAUCAAAGCAAUGGAGGUUUCUUUGGACUACUGUCUCGGCCCUCAUGUUCAGCCACCGUAACCAACCUGAUGAAGACCUCUGUAAGUUCAUCUCCUUUGUGGACAAAACCCUGGUGUUAAUCAACUGUCCUAAACUGAAAAUUUUUUCAGUUGAUUUCGCAUACCACCGUCGUUUUUCUGCUGAUGUUAAUGUCUGGCUUUGUUUCGUUACGAAACAUGGUGUGGAAGAGCUCAAAUUGGAUUUUUCCAACAAGCAUAAUUUUGGGUCUGGUCUUUUUCAAUUGCCUCAGCAUUUGUAUAGUAAUGGGUCGUUUGUGAAAUUGAGUUUAUCAAUGUGUGGUAUUGUGCCUAAAGGGUUGAUUAGUUGGAAAUCACUGAAGAGUUUGACAAUUGGGUCCACGGAGUUAAGUGGUAAUAUGAUUGGAAACAUAGUGUUGGGUAGUCCUGUUUUGAAUUUUUUGGAGCUGUUUAAUUGUUGGGGCUUCGAUAAGCUGGAGAUUAAUGGUGGGAGUUUGAGGAAAUUGGUGAUUAAUGGGUAUUUGAAUCAGAAAAAAGGGGACUCUGUUGUUGAGAUUUGGGCUCCGGGUGUUCGGUCUUUGGAUAUUUUGGGGUGUUUACAUGGGAAAAUUAUUCAACUAGAGAAUAUAUCGUCUACGGUUGAUGCUAAGCUGGAUUUCUACUUAACAAAGAUUAAUCAUGACGCUGAUGAUGAUUUUAAAAUGGAGAAAUUUAUGUUAAGUGAUAUGCUAGUCAGCAUUCAGCUUAUUAAGUAUCUUACAUUUGGAACUUGGUUCAUUGAGGUUCUAUCCAUGCUGGAGAUUAAAGGUUUGCCAUCUGUCUUGCCGAAGUGCAAACGUUUAAUGCUACAUACUCCUAUCCAGGAACGGUACCUCUCUGGGAUAGUAAACCUGCUACAUAGUUCACCUGACGUGGAGACAUUAAUCAUAAACAUGACCCCACCAUCUUUUGAAUUUGAGACCUGCUUCAAUGCAAAAAUUUCCAACUUUUUCAAUGUUGAUGGAGAGAGCUAUUGGACAUCAAAACAGAAGCUUUUCAGAUGUUUGGACCUUCGUCUCAAGACUAUUAGGAUUUCUGGCUUUGAAGGCAGGCACUGUGGACUUGAGAUUCCAUUUUUACAAUUUCUUCUUAAGAGUUCAAGGGCAUUGGAAAAAAUGGUCAUCAAUGGUCGUGGUGUUGGACAAGAUGAUUUGGUACGUGGUGCAUUUCAAGACCAGCUUCAGGUGGCUGAAAGCUUAUUAAGCUUCCCUAGAUCCUCUAAAGGUGCUAAGCUCCAUAAGACAAACUCCACAGCACCGAAGCUCCACAGCACCCCGAAUUUCGUCUUUAUCAAUCACAGAAGCUUCACCGUCCACCCAUAUGGCAUUGUAAGUGAUGUUUUAAAAGUUUAUUUGGUUAAGUAUGGGAAGCAAUGGGAGGGAAAAACAGCUCAAAGAAUUGUAGGAAAGACACCUUCAGAGGCUGCAGCUGCAAUUGUGGAAGAUUAUGAGCUUCCCAUACCAACGGAUACACUUAUGUCAGAAAUUUAUCCACUGUUCUGUGAUCAAUGGGGCAGUAUCAAAGCCCUUCCCGGUGCCAAUCGGUUAAUCAAACAUUUGAGGGGCCAUGGCGUCAAAAUGGCAUUGGCUUCAAAUUCCCCUAGGGCAAACAUUGAGGACAAGAUAUCUUACCAUCCUGGCUGGAAAGAAUCCUUCUCUGUCAUCAUUGGCGGUGACCAAGUAACUGCAGGAAAGCCAUCUCCUGAAAUAUUCCUUGAAGCAGCUAAAAGGUUGAACAGUGAUCCUUCCAGCUGUCUUGUCAUUGAAGAUUCAAU